AUGCAGCAACAAGGCCUGCUUCAGGACGACUCCUUACCCCCAUUAACAAAACCUGAUAAAACCACCGUGAUCACAAGUGAAGAAAAGGACCAAGUACUUGCCGCUUACUUUGCAAGCAAAAUGAGUGUCCCAGACCUCGACCUAAUCCGUCCCUCUCUACACUACACCCUCAACAUUAAAGUGGACAAAGUUAAGAAAAUCCUUUAUCAAGUAGACACGAAUAAAGCUAUGGGCGGGGACCAGAUUAGUCCCCGUAUGCUCAAAGGUUGUGCAGACCAACUAGCAGAGCCCCUGUGUCGGCUUUUCAAUAACUGCUUGCAAAGGAAGCAGUGGCCUUGUUUCUGGAAAUCUGCACGAGUAGCUGCAAUUCACAAAAAAUCUGCAGCGACGCACUUCGACGGCUACCGAUUACUGAACGAGAAAUAG